AUGCCAGAAGUGAGCCAUUCUUUAACUUCAAUACAUUUAAUUCUAUCACCAGUUCGUAAAAGCAUUGAGAUCAACAGACAAUUAAUCGUUCUAGGCACAUUUAUUCCAUUUACUCCAAAUUGGUUGAAAAAUUCAAUGAUUUUG